CAAUUUGUGAAUCCCCUGUUUUUUUAUAACUCUAUAAAUACGAUAUUUGUCGCAGCAUAUUUUAGUUCAGUGAAAGAAUUAGGAGGAAAAAGGAAGUCAAGAGAUCAAAUUAAAAUGAUGGUAUAUUUGAUUUUCAUGUUGUAUGCUUUUGGUUGGUCUAAAGCAGAUAAUAUAGAACCAUGCGAUGCAUAUGUUCAAGUGAUCAACUCUCAAAGAAGCACUGGCUUCAGGAUUUCGUUUUCAAGUCAUGCUGUCGCGUGUGAUCGCAGUUGGACACGAAACUGGUAUCGCUUUAUGGGCGGAGCUGGAGGAGAAAUGCCAACUACCUGCCCGGCACCCUUUUCUUGCGGGACGUUGGGACCAGUUUGGCUAAAUGGCACUUACCCAACACGUGUCGGAGAAAAUAAAACAAUGACGGCAUGUUUGCGAUUCGGGUCUCAUUGUUGUGCAAGGGAGUGGACAGUAAGAGUAAGGAAAUGUAUCAAAGGUGCAACCGAGUAUUACGUUUAUGAUCUUCCACGGACUCCAGGAUGUCCCAUGAGAUAUUGUGCUGGAAAGGAAGUCCGAUGUAAAUCAAAUGAAGUUUCAACAAAUGGAUUUACUCCUGGUUGUACAACACGCUAUCCGAAGUUGAAACGAGACCCAGUAUUGUCAGUAGACAUAAACAACGAAACCAAGCGUAUUCGCUUCAAGUGUGAAUUUGAUCCACAAGAAACUGGUGCUAAUAUUUAUCAUAUUGUGGCAUGGUAUCAAGGUCUACCUGAGGAGAGAAUACAGCAAACAAAUCGUUUUGUAGAUGUAGGCAAGACCGAAGCGUACUUAGAAAACAACAACACGUAUGGAAUAAAUGGAGGAAAGCCUUUGUUCUGUCUUGGUCACAAAAUUUCCUGCAAAGUUAGAUCCUACUAUUCUGACGCUCCUGAGAUAAAAAGUUCUGCAAGAAAAAGUAAUGAAUUCUAUGCUGGCUUUGAGAUUAAUCCAAAGAAAUUAGAGCUGCGAGAAGGUAAAGAUCGUAAACAUAUUAUUGUUACAACAACAAUACCUGUGGUAUGUGAAGGACAUUGUGCUGUAAGGUUGGAAUAUGGUCAAAACGGUACAGAUCUUUCUUCCAGUAAUUGCGAAUUAAACUUUACGAACGGUGUAGCUGGAAGAUCAAAGAAUAUCACAGUUUUUGCUAAGACUGAUUGGGUCAAUGGUGGAAACAAAUACAUACAUCUCCGAUUUAAUGUUGCAGAACACGCCAAUCCUGUUGAUUGGAAUUGUUAUAAAAGUAUAUCAAAUGUGGUGGUUAAAGUAAAAGAUGAACCUUCCGGAAGUUGCCAAACGUCUGGCGAGCCUCAUGUAAUUACCUUUGACGGAAUGCGAUAUUAUUAUGAUUAUGUUGGAGAUCUCGUUCUUACAAACAGUACAGCGCGCUUGUUCCAGGUACACGUGAGAACUCAUUACUGUAAUGCUACUUACCCGUGUAACUGUGCUGUCGCAGCAAGAGAAGGGGAUGAUGUCGUUGUUAUUGAUAUGUGCCUUCCUCCAUACACUGUGGGUGUUAAGUUUCUCAGUACUGUUCAACCGCGUCUGACAACUGUGGGAAGAAGCAAUGACGGAAGAACACUUGAAAUAAAUUUUCCUUCUGGUGCUUCGGUCGAAUUCGUAGUAAGUUUACACAACGCAAUAGCUGCUGCAACCAUAACGGUUAAAGUACCACCUGAUGACAAUAAUAGAACGACUGGAUUAUGUGGAAAUUUUGACGGAAACGUACACGAUGAUACACACGUUCCUAAACAAUGGAUAAUACCGGUUGGUGAAAGUUUAUUUUCCUACAAAGACGAUGGAUCUAAAAAAUGUCUGCAAACCCGUGCUAGAGAAUACUGCAUAUGUAAAAGAGAUGCAGAAAACAAGAAAGAAGUAAGCUGUGCGCAAACGAAACGUAGACCUAGAUACCAUCAAGACUCCGAAGGUUAUAGAAGAGUUAUUUCCGCAGACCCUAAGAAUUGUGGUCGUCGCAAAAAACGAGAUAUUGUUGAUGCCAAUGUUAUCAUAUUGCCAGAUGACGAUGAGGACGAAUGGAGAUAUAUUUACGAUCCAGUGCAAAUCAAUGGUACUUUACCGGAUUUUCCAACUGAAACUGGAAAGACCAGAGCUAGUGCAAAGUACCACUGUACUAAAGCUCUUAAAGACUCGUUUGCAGGAAGGGCAUGCUUUAAUAUCAUAGUUAAUUAUAACAUAAGUGCAUUCGUCGAGCAAUGCAUAUUUGAUGUCAAGGCAACUGAUGUUUACCAAAUAGGUAUCGCUUCAGCUUUGGAUGCCAUGAAGAGUGACUGCAAGGAAAAAACUUUAACUGAUCUAAAAUACUGGAAAAACGAUUCAACAGGUGCAAUUGCCCCUCCGGAGGAGAUUGGAAACAGUCUUUGUCCAAAUGAGUGUAGUGGCCAUGGAACCUGUCAAAAUGCAACUUGCAUUUGUGAUUCAGAAUAUGUUUCUGCAGAUUGUUCAUUGAAGAAAGGGCAAGCUCCUGUUUUGAUUGGCAUUCCUACGCAUGGUCUUUGUGAUGUCAGAAAACGAGACUGCAUCCGAACUAGAGUGAUAGGAAUGGAUUUCAUGGAAUCAGAGAACUUGACUUGUCAAAUGACAGAAGUGAUCAUUGGUGAAAUGUCAUAUGUUGAGACAACUCGAAAAACCGAUGGCGUUGGCCAGUUGCUUAGUUUUGGUGAAAUAACUUGUCUUUUGCCUUACAUUCCUGUUGAGAUUGAUGGAAAUCCUAGCAAAUCAUCCGGCAAACCGACUGGUGGAUUUUUAAUAGCAGUUUCAAACGAUGGAGAAAAAUUUAGCAAAAAGAAGACAUUGUUUCUGGUUUAUGAUUCAAAGUGUAUGAAUUGCAGCAAAGAUUUUAAAAGUUGCUUUUGGAAGAGAAACACCUGCAAAGUUAAAAACUACUGUUUUGCACCAGGUGAUACAAAUCCAAAUAACUGGUGUCAAAUUUGUGAUCCAAAGAAAAACGGAUCUGGUUUUGUUAAAAGAACAGCAAACAAACCGCCAAUAAUCAAAGCUCCUGUAAACAACUUAAGGACGUUCAGAUUACAAAAGUGGCAUUAUGUGGUUUCUGCGUCUGAUCCAGAGAAGCAGACGCUGCGAUAUGAGGUUGUUGGUGACAAUCAUGGUAUCACAAUCUCUUCACAUGGUGUACUUACGUGGGAUCCUACUAAAGCUGGAAUAUAUGAAUUUAAAGUUAAAGCUAUUGAUCCAUGUGGUUUAGGCGCCACACAAAACUUCGUAGUUGAAGUAGAGAUAUGCGCAUGUGAAGAACCGAAUGGUGGUAUGUGUAUCUGGAAGAAUGGUCAAAGUACUUGCAAGUGUCCUGAUGGAUGUAAAGGAGAAAGGUGUGAUGAAGCUGUUGAGGGAAAGCUUUGCGAGAUUAAAAAAACGCCGGACCGAUCUUCUUCCUCGAGUGACGGGAUCACCAUGGUUAUCGUAGCUGUUGUUGCUGGUGUGGUCGUAUUAAUUUUGGCGAUUUUUGGUGUUACUGUCUGGAUUUACAGAAAGAAGUACAGACAAUCAGUAGAUAUCAAAUCAAAUGGUCAAGCGUCUGUCGUUUAUAACUCAAAAGUCAAUCCUAAAGCAUCUAUUGGCGAAGUUGGGAAGAGUGGUUCGUUAGUAAACAAGGGCUAUGCAAAUUAAACAGGUCUUUAGACGGACAUGACUCAUUUUAAUGAUCGUUUCUCUGAUUGAUUAUAUUAUACUGAAAUUUCUGAUAUUUUUCUGAUAUUUCUUAAAACGUAAAGUGAAGGAAAUAAGGAUUAACAAACUUUGUUGCAACUUUCUUGAAACAAGAAUUCACAAGAAUUCAUUUUAGGGAAACAUAUAACUAGAUUGUAAUUUUAAUAAUUUUUUUGCACCAUUACGGUUCCUUUUUUUUAAAACUAUUUUAAAACUAGUAGUGAAAUAUAUUUAUCCGGGUAAAAGCAAAAAAAUCCUAAAUUUAAUUCAUGCAUUUUUAAGAAUACCUUUAAGACGUAAGCAACAAUGGGGACUUACAAUGUGUGACUGUAUUUCAAAGGUUGAAAUUUUCCCAGACAGAUUCGCCGUGAUGUCUAGAUUGACUAUCGAUUCCAAUGUUGCUUUGCUUUGCAUAUUUAUUUACUCUGGUUUAAAACGGAUUGUUUAAUUGCUUUAUUUUUUUCAUGUAAGAUAAAUUUGUUUCCAAUAUGUACUGGGAAUAAAGAUAAACGUGUU